AAGAAGAAGAAGAAGAAGAAGAAGAAGAAGAAGAAGAAGAAGAAAUUUUCUCGUUUUCUGAAAUGAAGGUGGUGGAAAUUUGGAAGUAAUAUCCCGAUUUGCUCUACAAGUUAGUGACACUUGCCAAAUACCUCAUUAUAUAUUGCACUGGCUGGUGAAAAUGACUGAAAAUCCAAAGUUGGUGGAUUCGGGUUCUGAUGAUAAUCUGAGAUCAAAUUAUGAAUUUAAAGAAAAGGGUAAUCAAAGAGUUUUGUUUUGUGAUCAUGUAAAUGGAUUAGAACAGCAAGGGAUUACAUCUGAUAGCUUUGUAAUGGACAUGGAACGCUUUGAGAAAGACAUCAAUUCAAAGUCAAGAAUUACAAAGUUGCAGAGAAACCUUUGGAGAAAAGGAUCUCUUAGAGGUGGCGAGAAGAAGAUUAACCAAAGUACAAGCAACGAUAUUAGAAAAGUUGGCAUGGUUGCAAUUGCACCACGAGGCGAGGUUUUCCAUGGGGGUAGCAGCCUUGAAAUGCCAGUCCUACAGAUUUCGGGGGCCAUCGAUCACGCCAUUAACUUGCCAGUCCAUAAUCAAAUCACGGUCAUGAAUGGCACAGUGGGUAACAUGGCUGUCGAUAGCAAAUACGGCGGCAAGAGGUUUAGUUUCCGGCGGUCAUCCUCAUCUUCGUGGGCUAUUGAUCCUAGAAGGAUACUUAUCUUCUUUGCAACCUUGUCGAGUGUGGGAACCAUACUACUCAUCUAUCUGACCUUAUCCACGAGAAAGCUCAAUGUGGAAGAGAGUAAUUUCAAUUGAUGAUCCCCACCAUUUAUACAAAGGGAGUUGUUGAACUUGAUUUUACUUAAAAAUACUAAUUGCAAGUAAAUUUAUGCUUAUAAUCAAUGAGAGACAAGCACGAAGAAACAAAAAUGGAGAAGUGAACAGUUGAGGCAGAAAGGAGUGAGAGAGACUGGCAUCCUAUCAAAUUCUGCAGAUUUUCACUUUUUUUGAAGGGCCGACCAUUCUUAAUGGCGUAAUCUUUAAACUGAAGACAAACCAGAUAGCACUAAGGCAAAGUAGGAGAAUCUUGUAUAUUAUAUGAUGAGUGGAAUAUAUUGCAACAUUGUGAAAUAUGAUCCUGUUCAGGACACUUAUUUUUCCUUGUGAUAAAACUGAAGCAGAAAGGUUAUUAUUAAAUUCAAAAACAAAUUCCA